AUGGAUUUCCUCAUCAAGUUUGCUUCCGAGCACGAGUCCUUUCGAGUACCCGAAAUCGAAGCCCUCGCAAUCAUCGAAAACCUAGAUCUCAAAAUCAAAGAAUACGACCGCGAGUCUCCAUUCUGCGUCGUCCAACUCCCCUCAGUAGACGACGCAAAGAAGCUCCUCCGGCGCUCCGUCCUCGCCCACUCAAUACACGAGCUCUGGGGAACCGCCAACACCCUCGACGCCCUCCACGAGGUGGUCAAGUCGCAAACCUCCCACCUCUGGCCCAAAUACAAAGACUCCUCGUUCAAGUUCGUCGUAGACUCGUUUCAAGGCGCGCACACCAACAAGGAGCGCCUCGCCCUCAUCGACACGUUCAGCUACCUCCCCUUCGACGGGCCCAUCCGCAUGUCCAACCCAGACGACACAUUCACCCUCUUCGAGUUCUGGCCCUUUAACAGCGUCCCCCUGAAAAUUCAGCACCCGGAUAGCGUUCGCCUGGGCCGCUUCGUCGCUACUUCAGCCCGCGACAUCGUCCACAGGUACGACCUCAAGAAGCGCGAGUACAUCUCCACCACGAGCAUGGACGCAGAGCUCUCCCUCGUCACGGCAAACAUCGCCCUCGCCGGCCCGGGGAAGCUCUUCUACGACCCUUUUGUCGGCACGGGGUCCUUCCCCAUUGCCUGCGCCCACUUUGGCGCCAUCGGCUGGGGCAGCGACAUUGACGGCCGUAGCAUGCGCGGUGAAGGUAACAAGAAGAAGAGUUUGCCGGGCAACUUUGCCCAGUACGGACUCAAGCCCCAGCUGGGCGGCUUCUUCUCCGCAGACUUGACAAACACGCCCAUCAGACGGAGGAGGAUCUGGGAUGGCAUCGUGUGCGAUCCUCCAUACGGAGUGAGGGAAGGAUUAAAAGUCCUGGGGCUGAAGAAUCCUGAAAAUGCCACAUGGCUUAUUGAGCUCGGAAUAAACGAGUGGGAAUCACCCGACUACGUCCCUCCAAAGAAGCCAUACAGCUUCCUAGCCAUGCUCGACGACAUCCUCGCCUUCGCCGCAGAUACAUUAGUCGACAACGGCCGUCUAGCGUUCUGGAUGCCCACGGCAAAUGACGAAGAGCAAGAGAUCCCCGUCCCCACACAUCCCUGCCUCGAAGUAGUCGUAGUCUGCGUCCAAGUCUUUAACAAAUGGUCACGAAGGCUGAUAACCUACCGGCGUCUGCCAGAUUCCCAAGUGUCAAGCACUGACCUAGAAGCACACGAGAAGAAAAGGCUUGAGGCGGCAGCCGCACACACAGGCACAACAGCAGACGACCUCAACCCGUUUCGACGAGGUUAUUUUAGAAAAUUUGAGGCUGAAUAA